AUGACUCUACUGAUCCUGCUAAAAGAACUCACCCUCGUGGGUUUCCAUGAUUUCGUCCAUGAAGAUAUGGACGGCCAGCUACGCCAUGUUUUUUACUCGUUGCACACUCCACAAAUGGAGCCUCUAUACGUGAGCGAAACGGUAUUCACAACUUCUACACUAUCGUUUGGGAAAGUGACUCUUCCACGUCUCCCACUGCAGCUUUUCCAUGUGGUGGUAAAAUUGUGGUAUAAGACGGAAACGCAGGACUCGUGGAUCUUGUAUUAUGAAGCGGUGGUGGAUCUACGAAGGUUGGUGAUGCUUCGCAAGCCGUUCCGAGAGUUAGACGACGAGAGUUUGAUAGAAAAUAGCAUUGUUUGGUGUUUUGACGAGAAGGAGUAUACGUUGCCUGAGAACGUUAGGGAUAAGAGGGUAAUGCAGUCGGAUAGAAGGACUUCUGUGACUAGAGGUAGAAAUGUACCUAAACAGUCGUAUACUAUGGACGAUAUACGGCACUUGACAAGCCUAGAUACGGGGAUCAAGGAAUUGACGUUGCUGAAUAUUAAGCUUUCACAGCAGAUCGAUGGCGUUUUGGAUUCUAUCAAGGGGAAGGUUUCCCAGCACGAUCCUGAGGUUUCCAGAGCCCUAAAGUUCAGAAUCCAUAAUUUGCAUCGGUACAUUAACAAGCAGCGCAACAACAACGAUACGCUCAGUUCGAAAGUCUACGAAAGAAAAGUGUUGAUUGGGAACCUUAAUCGUGCGCUAGAAGACCAUUUCCCACCGUUUAAAGAUCUCUGUGAGGGCCAACUCGAAUAUGUAACCUCACAGAUUGAUCCUAUUCAUGAAUCGCUCAGUGCAGCCAUUUACCCCGAGCUCAUUGUCUCUUUGAAAGCCGUUGGCGGGGUUAUAGCCGAGGCGUUCCAUAUAGAACCACGGACUGGCGCUGGGAAAUUCUCUAUCUUGGGAACCGAAUUCCCCAGCUCCACAAAAGACCUCCUCGAGGUAUGUUACAAUCCAACCAAACAACUACAUUCUGAGUCAGAAGAGUAUUCGCAUGCUGAACUCCCUACAACAAUAGAUAAGGUCAACGCAGGGCUCUCAUACAUAGUGGCUACGAUGCUCAUUCUUGCUGAUAUCCUUGGAGUGCUGCUCAACUACACAAUGAAGUACUUUGGCAGCCGCAGCACGUUGGUCGAUCAUCUUCUGGCACCUUCUGGCGGGAACAGUAAAUCUGUCAAGGUCAUCUACCCUUUAUACUUUGAUGUGAGACAUACAGAGAAAACCACGGACCGUGCGGGCCGGAAGCAGCUCAAGAACUUAAAGUUCGAACAAGGGCUUUAUCUUCUUAACCGAAACUUGGUCACGCUAAUGAGCGCAGCUUCAAAUCUCUAUUUGCAGCUUUACCACGAUGGUAAAAUACACUUAACCAUGCCAUCAGAGAGCGUGGAUAACCUACUAUGGAACCUCAAAAGUCUUCUCUUAUUCAUGACAGCUUCUUACAAGGCCCAGGAGGCCAGCGAUACUUAA